AUGGGACUUACGGGCGAGCAGAAGUGGUGCCAGUGUGGCGGUGUCAUCGCGGGCAUCAAUCUCGCUACCUCUAGCACGUCUACCACCAGCUACUGUGCAACGGGUGGUGGCGUACCGCUUGGUUUCACUCAGAUCGCUGCUGAUGGUAGUGGCAAUCCCGUGGCGACUGGAGCACCGCAAGGCACCGGCUCUGGACAGUGUGACGACGGCAGCACGGUCGAUGAAAAAUGUUUCAACGACCUGGAUCUACCUGACUACCUUACUAAGUGGUGGUCCGAUAACCAGGGUAAGUGCGCUGGGUUGACCUUUGCAAAUUGCUUUUACAAGGUCCAAACGAAGUAUUCGCCGAGCAAUUGUUCCCAGAUCAAUAUCGAAAGCAACUGUGAUCAGCCUAAGUGGGACGACUUCAAGGGCACAGGAAAUGCGGCACAAAACUUCUACGUUGCUUGGAACAUCUAUCAAACGAACGGCUUCUUCACUGAUAUGUGGACAGCUAUAGGAAGCGGAGAGCAAUCAGCACAAGCUGCUUUAGGCCAAACGAUCGCUCUUCUGAAACCUCCUGAGAAGACCAAUGUUCUCUUGAACGACAUCUUGAUGGCGCUCACCUUCGCCCUGGCACUUUAUGCUGAAGGAACCAUAGCCAUGAAAGCAUUGAUUAGGACAGCACCAGGUUCCGCAACACUGUUCGGCAAAAUAUUUCCUGAGGGUGUGAUUGACAAACAGGUAGCGACCUGGCAAGACGUUGCUGACAGUCUUGGAACGGUCACCAAAGCAUGGCAGGACUCAAUGGCUGAAGGUUUGCCAAUCUUGCAAGACGACGUACAGCAAUUUGUGAAAUGGAGCCAAGAGUCAGGCUUGUCAGGAAAUAGACCAAGCCUGAAUGCUCUUUCCAAUGAUAUGGCAAAGGCAUUGACAGCGUAUGGCACUUCAAAAGCAAUCGCAGAUUUAGUUGUGACAUCUGCGCGACGGCUGAAACAGUACUCUGCAGGUAUUGUAGUGGUUCGUGCACCUGAUGUCGAUAUCCAUGCCCUUCAAAACAGCGGAACGAAAUUGACCUGGGAUACUCAUUGUCAAGAUGAUUACCAAAGCGGUCUUUGCGGCGAUGGGUAUUUCUAUGACGGCAAAGACACCUACGCGCUGACAGACCCAGAACAUCAAACCCACUCCUACAAGGACGUUCUUGAGAAGCUCCUCACUGGCGACUCGCCCAAGACAGAUGGCAAAUUACUCUUCACCUCGGCAUUUGACUGCAUUGCGCGCAUGGGCAAGAAUGGAAACAACGAACCUAAGAUUGACCCCCAGAAUCCCGAGGCGUUAUCUUGUUUGUCUACUGCAGCUGUAUGUACAUGGAAGAUGGAUGGCUUUGGACCGCUGGUAGAGGAUGAUACUUGUAAAAAUCUACCAAACAAACAGGCUACGCUACCAAGGUUCGGGAUCAGUGGUUGCAUUGGGCAUACUGAGUCAACCACGAGCGAAGACGUGCCCAAAGUGUACAUGGGACCUGGGCUUUGGGCAGACAACAAGGGUAUCACCGAUUUAGAGGUCUAUGACUGGUGCAACAACAUUGAUGUAUGA